CCCAAGCAGAGUAGCUCUCUCUCUCUCUCAUUGUCACAUAAGCGAUUCGCUCCUCUCAACAAACAACACACAUAAUAAAGAUCCCAACUUUUCGUUCUGGGCUCAUUGGUUCUCUGAUCAUCCACAUCGCCACUCUCCCCACAAAGCUCUCGUCUUUCCUCCAAAUCCAAAACCAAAGUUUCAAUCUUUCUCGUCCUGAGACAAUGAUGUUCUCCAAGCUCGCUCGAUCCGCUCGCUCCAAGGGAUUGGUGUUGUACGGGAGAUCGGGGAUUUUAAGCGAGGGGAGGAAGGUUGGAGCGCCGUCGGGUGGGGCUAAUCAGGUGGAUGGUGGAUUAGGGUUUCUGAGGCGGCGGUUUGCUUCUUUAGCUGCUCGGAAAGGAGGAGUUGAUGCGAAUGAUUUGAGCCGUGUUUUCGCUAACCCUGGAUUGCGUCGGUUCUUCUCUAGCCAAGCCCCUAAGAAGAAGAAGAAGAAUUACGAGAAUUAUUAUCCGAAAGACGCUAAGAAAGGGCCCAAGAAUGAGCACAAAUCUGAAUCCAGAGAAGGUUCAAAGAAGAGUGAGAAUGAGAACGCUGGGGACUUUAACACGAAGGAGUUUCAGAACUUGUUAGUUCCUCUGAUGGCAAUUGCUUUGAUCCUUUCCUCUUUCUCCCUUGGUUCCCGAGAACAGCAACAGAUUAGUUUCCAGGAGUUCAAAAACAAGCUUCUUGAGGCUGGCCUAGUAGAUCACAUAGACGUUUCUAACAAAUCAGUCGCCAAAGUCUAUGUGAGGAGUUCACCAAAAACCCAAACCGAAGAAGUUAUUCAAGGAGUCCCUACCAAAGGACGUGGUGGUCAGUAUAAGUACUACUUCAACAUUGGUAGUGUUGAAUCGUUUGAGGAGAAACUCGAAGAGGCUCAAGAAGCAUUAGGCAUUGACUCUCACGACUUUGUGCCCGUCACCUACGUCUCUGAAAUGAUCUGGUACCAGGAGCUACUGAGGUUUGCACCGACUUUGCUUCUAUUGGGUACGCUGGUUUACGGGGCGAGACGCAUGCAAGGUGGGUUGGGAAGCGUAGGAGGACCUGGUGGGAAAGGUGGCCGUGGGAUUUUCAAUAUAGGGAAGGCUCAGAUAACGAGAGCUGAUAAAAACUCCAAGAAUAAGAUAUAUUUUAAAGAUGUUGCGGGAUGCGAGGAGGCUAAGCAAGAGAUCAUGGAGUUUGUGCAUUUCCUUCAGAACCCAAAGAAGUACGAAGAUUUGGGAGCUAAGAUCCCAAAAGGUGCACUACUAGUCGGCCCACCAGGGACAGGGAAGACCCUUCUAGCAAAAGCAACAGCCGGAGAAUCAGCUGUACCGUUCCUCUCCAUAUCCGGUUCAGACUUCAUGGAGAUGUUUGUUGGCGUUGGACCUUCCAGAGUGAGAAACCUCUUCCAAGAAGCUAGACAAUGCGCGCCCAGCAUCAUCUUCAUCGACGAGAUCGACGCCAUUGGCCGUGCAAGAGGACGUGGAGGCUUCUCCGGUGGCAACGACGAGCGUGAAAGCACUCUGAAUCAGCUUCUUGUUGAGAUGGAUGGGUUUGGUACUACUGCUGGUGUUGUCGUCCUCGCUGGAACCAACAGGCCUGAUAUUCUAGAUAAAGCCCUGUUAAGGCCCGGUCGGUUUGAUCGUCAGAUAACCAUAGACAAGCCUGAUAUCAAAGGGCGUGAUCAGAUCUUCCAGAUUUACUUGAAGAAGAUUAAGCUUGAUCAUGAGCCUUCGUAUUUCUCGCAGAGGCUUGCGGCCCUCACUCCUGGAUUCGCUGGAGCUGAUAUUGCGAAUGUGUGUAACGAGGCGGCUCUUAUUGCUGCCAGGCAUGAAAAAGGAACAGUGACAAUGGCGCACUUUGACUCUGCUAUUGAUCGUGUCAUUGGUGGUCUGGAGAAGAAAAAUAGAGUAAUAAGCAAGUUGGAGCGCCGUACAGUUGCAUAUCAUGAAUCUGGCCAUGCGGUUGCUGGGUGGUUUCUAGAACAUGCAGAGCCAUUGCUUAAGGUGACUAUAGUGCCUCGUGGCACAGCAGCGCUUGGGUUUGCUCAGUAUGUUCCAAAUGAGAACUUGCUCAUGACCAAAGAACAACUCUUCGACAUGACUUGCAUGACUCUCGGCGGCCGUGCAGCUGAACAGGUAUUGAUAGGAAGAAUCUCGACCGGUGCUCAGAACGAUCUGGAGAAGGUGACCAAGAUGACGUACGCACAGGUGGCAGUGUACGGUUUCAGCGACAAGAUAGGACUACUUUCGUUCCCGCAACGAGAAGAGGAGUUCUCAAAGCCAUACAGCAACAGAACCGGCGCGUUGAUAGACGAAGAGGUUCGAGAGUGGGUGGCCAAAGCUUACAAGAGAACGGUCGAGCUCAUAGAGGAACACAAAGAGCAAGUUGCUCAGAUCGCUGAGCUGUUGCUAGAGAAGGAGGUUCUGCAUCAGGAUGAUCUUGCUAAAGUUUUGGGUGAGCGUCCGUUUAAGUCUGGUGAGACUACGAAUUACGACAGGUUUAAAUCUGGAUUUGAGGAGACUGAUAAGGAGAAUGUAACGGUGAAGCCUGUGGAGGAUGAUGGAGCUUCUCCACCGCUUGAGCCACAGGUGGUUCCGACAUAGACACCCAAAUGGUUACUCUCAUUGUAAAUUUGAUCUAAGGUAAUAAAAGAACACGGCAAUGUAUCUUCAUGUUUUUUGAACUAAACAUUAGGAAGGAGGCAUUGUUUUGAUUUGGUUAAAAGGCUCCAAUGUUAUAAAAAUCUUUUAUGAAACAUUUUCUUAAAAUUUGAUUUAUUCACUUUA